GCAUCAACUUGUCUGGGGUUUUGUCUACUUUUUUUGUUGCAUCCCCAUAUCCAUUUUUUUGUGGGUUUUUGUUUCUUGUAAUUUUUUACUUAAAUAUUUAUUGUUUGUUUGAAUGAAAGACCCUAAUAUUUGAUGCUAAAAUCUUGUUGAUGCUUGGAUGAUGUUUAUUUGAUUGAGAUAGAAGACGUUAAUAUUUGAUACUAGGAUCAAACUUUUUGUCUUAACAUUCGUUCCAUUUUUAUCUUUUGUUGAUACAAAUAUUAUGGUGUUGACAGAUUCAAUGGACGGAAGAGGAUUGUCAAGAUAUUGGUGUCAUCAUUGUUCAAGGAGGGUGAACCCCAUGAUGGAGGUUGAGUUAAAAUGUCCCAUUUGUCAACUAGGAUUUAUUGAAGAAAUGGGUUCAGACGAUAAUCAGACCCUUUUAGAUUCUGAUUCUGAUCCUGAUCAUGCUCUCUCACUUUGGGCACCUAUCUUGUUAGGCAUGAUGAGCAACUCUCGUCGUCGUUCUAGACUUGGGCAUCUCGAAUUUGAAGAAGAUGAGGAUGAUCAUACACGUGAAGCCGAUACACAACUUGAUCCAGACUUGGCAUCUAUAAUGAAUAGGCGUAGGAGGAACUCUGCCACAAUUCUCCAGCUCUUACAAGGUAUUCGUGCUGGAAUGUUGGCUGAGUCGGAGAACCCUAAUCCUGAGAAUGAAAACAGGGACACAGGUAGAAGUAGGGAUCGUGAGCGUGUUAUACUUAUAAAUCCGUUCAAUCAAACCAUCAUUGUGCAGGGUUCGGAUAAUAAUUCCAGGAACCAACCUAUUGGCUCAUUGGGUGAUUAUUUCAUUGGUCCUGGUUUAGACGUGUUGCUGCAACAUUUGGCAGAGAAUGAUCCAAAUAGGUAUGGUACUCCACCAGCUCAAAAAGAAGUUGUAGAGGCAUUGCCUGUGGUGACAAUUGAUGAGACUUUGCAGUGUUCUGUCUGUUUGGAAGACUUUGAGAUUGGGACUGAAGCCAAAGAGAUGCCUUGUAGGCACAAGUUUCAUGGUGGCUGCAUCUUACCAUGGCUGGAGCUUCAUAGCACAUGUCCAGUCUGUAGGCACCAGUUGCUCUCUGAUGAAUCGAAAGUUGAGUCUGAUGAUGGAAGUGCUAACACAAAUGCUCAGAGUAGUAAUGGUAAUGGUACAAGGUAUGAAGAUGAGGAUACUAGGAAUGAAAACGGUCGCCGGUUUCCAGUGUCACUUCCGUGGCCUUUGAGUGGCUUGUUUUCAACACCAAACUCAGGUAGUAAUGGAAAUUCAUCAUCAAUGACGUCUUCUGCAUCAAAUGCAAACUCCAAUGCUCAUAUGCAUGAGGAUUAAAUUUCAUUAUAUUGAGUUUGUGCUCUAUGAUGCAUGGAUUUCCUUUGGCAUUUUGCUUGUGUACAUAGCGUGGUACUCGCUAAAUUAUUGUAUUGCAAACACUGGAUCCUGUCUUGCUUUUGCCUGUAUUAUACAGAGGACCAUUUUACUUUUGUUAGACUAGAAGCCAAGCAUUUUGCUUGUGUACAUAGCGUGGUUCUUGCUAAAUUAUUGUAUUGCAAACAUUGGAUCCUGUCUUGCUUUUGCCUGUAUUAUUCAGAGGACCAUUUUACUUUUGUUAGACAAGAAGCCAAGCAUUUUGCUUGUGUACAUAGCGUGGUACUUGCUAAAUUUUUGUAUUGCAAACACUGGAUCCUGUCUUGCUUUUGCCUGUAUUAUACAGAGGACCAUUUUACUUUUGUUAGA